AUGAUACUGACAGCAUCAAAAUCUGUAUCAACACCACUGACAUCAUCAACACCAAGUAGUAACACCAAUAACAACAUUAGCCUUACUGUUAGCAGCAACAGCAUCAGACAUAACAACACCAGCGUUACGCUAACUUUAACACCAUCAACGACAACACCAAAGGCAACAAACAGCACAGUACCAGCAAACACCAAAAUCGUUAUCAACACCAGCAGCAGCGAAAACACACAAAAGACAACACCAUGGAGUAAUAGCAACAUCAACACCACUAACACCAGCGGUGCCAUCACCAAAAAAUCAAUACCAACACCAACAACACCACUAAUACCAGCAAACACCAGGAGUAACGCAAUCAACACCAGGAAUAGAGGUAACACCAUCAUCGCCACCACCAAAAUCAAUACCAGCAACACCAUCAAACACCACGAGUAA